GAACGGAAGGAUACAGUAUGAGAUAGACGACGGUUUUGUUGAUUGCAUCCACCACUCCUCUGCAGUGCUUACUUGCUGUAGUGUGUGCUCCGGACGCAUCAUGCAUUGGGGCUGCGUUUUCUCCCUGGCUCUGGCACUACUUCUCGCAUCCGCAGUGGCUGGUCCAGGAUGUGAGGAGAGGCAAGGAUGCAGGAUACAGCAGGGUCAGUGUCUCUGUGGUAGUGGCUGCAUCGCUGACUAUGUCUACGCCAACAAGGAGGAAUGCAGAACUGCUCUUAGAGGAAGGAGAGGUGAUGUCUGCCAACGCAGUCCCUGUCUCAACAACGGAUCCUGUAGUCAGACAACUCUUGCACCCGGCUACAAGUGUCGGUGCGAGGGAACAGGCUUUUAUGGCAAUCGCUGUCAAAAUGCAUGUCCCAGGCCUGGAAAAUCAAUGUUAAACCACCCUGUGCCAUUUGAAUGUAUCGUCAUUUGAAGACUGAUCAAUAAUUCCUACUUAACUAAGAAAUAAACACUGUACUUUCAACAGACCUAUAAUUCUUUUAACUUAUAAGAAUUUUGAAAUCUAA